UCACCAUGUCUAAACCAUUAAAAUAAUUAAAUCCGUGAGAAAUCAAAAGUUUCAAACACUACAACGUAAUCUAGCUGUGUAUUAAAAACGAAACUCGAUAUCGGAUCUCGUUCACAAAUCGAUUGUUAUGUUUUUAUCGAUACCGCAUUUUUAGCCUGUGGUGACUAUUUCUACUGUCACUGUCUGUCACUCGCUUCGUAUCGUUGAUUGCGUGUGCGUUUCAAGUGCAUUUCCUAUUGUUUUUAUUUACAUUUAUUGACCCCUGUUUUGUUUCUACGGACUUCUGAUCUCGCUUAACUUGUACUACCCUUGCAAUCAUACCGGACACGAAGAAUCUCACCUACACGUUUAACUUGGACUCGUUAUUUUGGAUUUUACUGCUGGCUUAUCGAUUGGAUAUUGACGCCAUGGAUCGUUGUGUAAAUUGUGGCAUAGCGACCAGUCGCAGUAACGCACUGGGCCGACGAACCUUGGAUGAUGAAGUGAUACUGUCAGUGAUUCGUCAAUGGCUUGCACCACAGCUUGUACACAGCAGUGACCAUGUUUGCCAAGCUUGCUGGAACUUGGCCCAAAGGCCAAAUGUUGAUGAAUCCAGACACCUUGGCCACAGAAGAGUUUGUCUCCGCUGCGGACGUUCUCUUGCGUCACAAAUCAAUCAUGAACUUCGUACUGACUCAAGUCGCGAAUUGAGAAUUUAUAAUGUUAUACAAGAGUGGAUUAUACCUCGACCUGUGGAAACACAAAGUCACAUUUGUCACAAGUGUUGGGUGGCUGCAGACCGAGCAGCUGUUCAUAUGACUUCAGGUCCAUCAACCUCUUCCCAUGGAAACUCCUUGGAAGAAAUGCAGCCACAGACAGAAAAUCUUCCCACUGAGCCACCAAAUGAAGAAGAUAGGCAUAACCAACCUGAACCUACCAUUGUAUUGCCAGAAUACAUGAGGGCUACGGAAACAGAACGUAGAUGCUUCAUCGAAGGAUGCCAGAGAACAGAGAGGUAUAGAGUUCCACUGUCUACUCGAAAGAUGUUGCUCAAUGAGCAUAAGUAUUAUGUCCCUGAAAAUAAUCGUUUGUGUGAUCAACAUUUAGUUGUUGAAGCAUGGGAUUUUUUGGACGGUCUGAGAAGUAAUUAUGUACAGACCUUUACUGCUAAACAUAUUCAGGACAUGAUGUCCUUAAAGGAAGUUGUUCCUUCAGGAUUACUUCAUUUUGAGAGCAUAGACCAAAUGGAAGACAAUGUUGUCCAUACAUGGAUUGGUUUAAAUAAAUCCCAGUUCCAUCAAAUAUUGAGUGAGGUUCCUCAGUUAUUAGGAAUACCCAGAGCAUCUCUUGCUUUAGCAGCAUAUUUAAUGAAACUAAGAACUGGGGAUUCUAAUGAGAGGUUGUCAACAUUAUUAAACGUUUCUAGGCGAACACUAGAGAAGUGGAUUCACCAAAUAAGAGACCUUCUUGCUGAAUAUUUUGUACCAAAACACCUCGGUAUUAACCAUUUAAACAGGCAGCAAAUGGUGCAAAGAAAUCUUGCAAUACCUAAUGCGUUGUUUGGUAACUUUGAGGGGAUUAUUAGGCCUAUUAUAAUAUUUGAUGGAACAUAUUGUUACAUGGAAAAAAGUUCUAAUUAUUUAUACCAAAAAAGAACAUACAGCAUGCAUAAAUAUCGGAACCUUGUAAAACCGUUUUUAAUGGUAUGUACAGAUGGACAUAUAAUUGAUGUUCUGGGCCCCUAUCCAGCCACCACGUCAGAUGCUGAUAUUAUGAAAACAGAAUUUUCAAAUGAAAGACCCUUACGGGAAUACUUUCUUCAGGGCGAUGCUUUUAUACUGGAUAGGGGCUUCCGUGAUUCAUUACCCUUGUUGCAUGAAAGUGGAUAUAGGGCAUAUGUGCCUGCUUCAUUAGAGGAGGGUGAAACACAGCUUUCUACUAGUGAAGCAAAUAAAUCAAGAGCAGUAACCAUCUGCCGUUGGGUUGUGGAGGUCGUUAAUGGCAGAUUUAAAAGAGAUUAUAAGUUGUUACGGCAAAAUUAUUUUAAUGUAGCAAGUAAAUGUUUCAUGAAAGAUUUUGAGGUGGCCGCUGCCCUUUUAAACGAUUUUCACCCUCCUAUAGUUGAUCGUGUAGAUGCUGGGGAAAUAAUAGAUCAAAUCAAUAUGUACAUGAAUACAGAAAAUGAUUUGGCUGAAUUUGUUAUAAGAAACAACUAUAAUAGAUGUAGGGCUAAUUUUGAAUUAAUCAAUGUACAAAAUGAUAAUCUGAAUGAUUUUCCCCAGCUCACCGUUAGUGAACUAAUAUUAAUUUCAUUAGGCACGUAUCAAAUAAAGCAGGCACGUUCCUACUAUGGUGAACAUGUAAGGGGUAAUGAUGGCUUUGUUAUAGAAGUGUGCCGGGAGCUCUCGCAGAGGUAG